AGCCGAUUGUGAUGCAGCAGCAGCAGUAGUCCCUGUUGUAUAUGCUUCUUCUGAUUUGGGUCGCGCAACGCAAGUUGCGGCACUCGCAUUAAAGGCACGUGUAUUAUUGUAUAAAGCAAGUCCUUUAAAUAAUGGUGGAAAUAAUGGAUUAUGGCAGGCAGCAGCAGAUGCGGCACAGGAAGUAAUGGCUUAUGGCCCCCCUCCCGGUACUGGUGAUUAUGAUCUGUAUAAUGAUUAUUACAAAAUUUGUUUCCAUUCAAUUUUAAUAAUGAUUUUGAAGAUAAUUGAUGAAAAUCAACUUGAUUACAUUGAACACGUUUUAAAAAUAAAGAUUGAUUUUGAAUAUAUGAAAUACUUGAAAGAUUUUGUAUAUCAAUUCUAUUUGAUAUGA